UCUGACACGCAGUAGAGUAACACAUAGGUGUGAACGAAUGCCUGGACUUUUCUGCAUGUUUGCACAGAAUUUCAUUAAACAUUUCAGUAAUAAAACAACUACAUGACACAAGGCUGUUAAUUUGAACUAAAAAGCUUAUUGUUUGCUAAUGUUAUCCAGAGAACGGUACGUUUAGCUUUACUCCAGUUCACAGCGCUGCAUUUGAUUAUUAAAACAGAAGUCUACAACAUCUCGUUUGACUUAAUGGAGCUGAAAGUCGCUGUUCUCCUCACGCUCAUACAUGCUGUAUGUGGUCAGUUAGAGGAUGUGAUUAUUGAUCGAUACGCGAUACCAACGCACUGCUCGAGAGAGGUCCAGAUCGGAGAUUAUGUUCGCUAUCAUUAUAACGGCACAUUCACGGACGGACGGAAGUUUGAUUCGAGUCUGGAUAAGGGUUUUCCAAUCGUUGGCCAAGUCGGUGUCGAAUCUAAAGUUAUCCCGGGUUUGGAUAAAGGAGUUCAGGGAAUGUGUGUGAACGAGCGGAGGAAGGUCACCAUACCACCUCACCUCGCCUAUGGAGUCUUGGGAGCUGGUUCAGUUAUCCCACCUGACACAACACUGGUGUUUGAUGUCUUUUUGCUGGAUUUGUGGAAUAAAGAGGACAAAGUUCAAACACGAACCCUCCACAGACCACAGAAGUGCAAGCGGACAGUGACUCCCACUGACUUUGUCCGAUACCAUUACAAUGGAACACUGCUAGUGGGAACCUUAUUUGACUCCAGCCAUUUUAAGAACUCAACAUAUGACACAUAUUUGGGUCAUGGCAGUCUCAUCAAAGGCAUGGAGGAGGGCAUUCUGGGAAUGUGUGUUGGAGAGAGGCGAUCAAUUAUUAUCCCACCAUUCCUGGCCUAUGACAACAAAGGAUAUGGUACAAUGAUCCCUCCAUAUGCAACAUUAAUAUAUGAUGUAUUACUAGUGGAUGUGUUUAAUGUGAAUGAUGAUGUGAUGGUGGAGGUUCAAGAGAUUCCUCAGUCAUGCAGGAGAAGAGCAGAGGUGGGAGAUUUCAUCCGAUACCAUUAUAAUGGAACAUUUCAGGAUGGGACUGUCUUUGAUUCCAGUUAUUCUCGGAACAGUACUUAUAACACUUUUAUUGGCAUGGGUUAUGUGAUCGCUGGCAUGGAUAAAGCCCUGCAGGGCGUGUGUAUGGGCGAGAGGAGAAGGGUCACGGUGCCGCCUCAUCUGGCAUAUGGAGAGAAUGGAUCAGGUGAGCUGAUUCCAGGAUCUGCUGUGCUGAUAUUUGACCUGCACAUCAUUGACUUUCACAACCCUAAAGACGGAGUGGACAUCAAAGUGACAUACAGACCAGCAGACUGCAACCUGACGAGUGCUGCAAACGACCUCAUUCUGUACCGCUACAACUGCUCGCUGCUGGACGGCACGCCACUCUACUCAUCAGAUGAUUACCCAGCACCCCCACGUGUGACGUUAGGUCAGGGGAAGUUGAUUGCCGGUCUGGAUGAGGGGCUGCAGGGCAUGUGUGUGUCUGAGAGGAGAGAGAUUACUGUACCACCCCACCUGGCUCACGGCACCAAUGGAGGACUCUUAUUUUGAAGUGUUUCCCCCUGGACUACGUUUCCCAGUAUGCUCUGCCUUCAUGACUGCCAUCUGUUCUCGAUCAUUCUCACCUGUUUUCCAUUCCCUCAUUAGCUCUUGUUUGUAUAUAUACUCUCUAGUUUUUUCAUUCCUCUGUCAGUUCUUGUUUGUUGUUAUUUGAGUUCACGUUUGUUUGUUUCACUUUUAUCAUCUUUAUUAAAGCUUGCAAUUAGAUCCUAUGUCUCCUGUCUCAUCUCAUCAAUGACUCUAUAUCCCUUGGUAUGUCCCUGUGAUGGCUGUCAUCCAUGUGGUAGCAUGGUGCGGUGGAUUGUGCAUAGAGAUGUAAUAUGGAAUGGUACAGGUUUGAACCCUGCUUGGGGUGACUCACAAACCAGUGUGCAUUUGUAAUAUACAUCAUUGCCCCUCUUUGGGCCCUAUGGGUCCUGUAAAGGGAGUCUAUGGCAGCAUAUAGAACCAUACAUAGGAAAAUAAUGAAAUUCAUUACCCAGAUAGCGGUGGGCAUUACUAGCCACCAGACAAAAUUUGGGGUCUCUAGGACAAUAUCUAUAGCACCCACAGUCCUGUGUGCUGACUCUAACCUUCGCAUGUCUCAUUGCCAUCAGUUAACCAUGUCAACUAAGUGGCACACUGUGUUAAAUUCUGUGCUAGACUACAAAAGGUCAUGGGUUCAAAUCCCCACCUAAGUUUUGGUUGCUUCGUUCAGGAGUGGGUUUGGUUAUUAGCAUUAAUUUAUAAUUAUCAAAGAUAAUUAUUAAUUAUUAAAAUCAAUAGAAUAUUGAUUAGAAUCAACAUUUAUCUUAUUAAUCCUUCAAAUCAACAAUCAUCAAAGAUGACUAUCAAUAAUCAAAAUCAAUAGAAUAUUAAUUAUCAAAGACAACUAUUAAUUAUUAAAAUCAAUAGAACAUUGAUUAGAAUAAACAUUAGUGUUAUCAGGCUUCUAGUGUUCCUACAGGCCGCAGUCAGGCUUUAUGACUGUAUGUAGGCCUUGCCUUUGUCUCCUAUCUGAGUACAUGAGGCCCAACACAAGUCAUCCAGGUUAAUAUACAUCAUAGCCACUCUUUGGGUCCUAUGGGACCUAUAGGCCAAACAGGCAAUUUAAGGGACUUGGCCUCGCAUUGGUUGCUUGCAGCUAUAGUUAUUAUUGGAUCUAUAAUAAACAAUAGGUAAACAAACCUAGAGAGUUCAAUGUCUCUCCUAAUAAUAACAGAAUGAUAUGGAUGUGUCUGUGUGCUUUCUUGCAGUAGGAAAUGAUGACUGGGACAUUCGUAGAGCGUUUCAUCACACUUCAGAUAUUCUCCACUGCAAUAAUACAGCUAGAAUUCUGACUGCGUCUGUGGGAGCCUCUUAUCACAUUCCAAUAAAAAUCACUAAGCUCCACUGAGUCGGCAGUCUAUCUCACAUUAAAACUGACACUGGCAAUUAUUACACUGUAUAAUUUUUUUUUUUUGACAGAAUAAUCAUUAUGUGCUGUAUAUACAGUGCCUAUAAAAAGUAUUCACCCCCCCUGGAUGUUUUUAUAUGCAUUUUUUUAAUAUACUGAAUCAUAGUUUAACUUCAUUCGAGAGACUGUGCAUACAACAACUGUUGCCCGGGUUCUUCAUCAGUCACAGCUUUAUGGGAGAGUGGAAAAGAGAAAGCCACUAUUUAAAAACCAAAAAACAAAACAUGAAAUCUCAGCUAGAGUUUCCCAGAAGGCAUGUGGGAGACUGAAAUCAGCUGGAUGAAGAUUCUAUGGUCUGAUGAGACCAAAAUGAGCUUUUUGGCCAUCAAACCAGACGCAAUGUUUGGCGCAAACCAAACACCGCACAUAAUCAAAAAUACACCACCCCCACCGUGAAGCAUGGUGGUGGUAGCAUCAUGCUGUGGGGAUGCUUCUCUGCAUCAGGCCCUGGAAGGCUUGUAAAGGUAGAGGGUAAAAUAAAUGCUGCAAAAUACAGAGAAAUCUUGGAGGAAAACCUGAUGCAGUCUGCAAGAUUACGGAGACUUGGGAGAAGAUUUGUUUUCCAGCAAGACAACGAUCCCAAGCAUACAGCCAAAGCUACAUGAGAAUGGUUUCAAAACAACAAUGUUAAUGUUCUUUUGACUUUGAUAUGAAAGAGUUUUUUUCUGUUGAUCAGUGUCAAAAAAGCCAAGUGAAGUUCACUAUGAUUCAAUAUUUAAAAAUAAAAUACAGAAACAUCCAAGGGGGUGAAUACUUUUUAUAGGCACUGUAAUUCUAAAUAAUGAGAUUUCAUAUUUAUUCAUUGCAGCAUUUAACAGUCUGUUUAAAUGCACUUCUCCAUGGUAUAAAUGAAUUUUAGAUGCAGCUUCUGUGUAGACUUUGCAGUGGAAAGGCGGCAUUAGAUGUUACAGUUGUCGCUGAUCUUCUAUGUCUGUGUCUUUUUCUC